GGCCCGGUUCGGCUCGGCCCGGCCAUGGCGAGGCGGGCGGCGGGGCUCCCCGGCCCCCCCGGCGAGGAUUUCUCCUUCGUGAGCCCGGCGGUGAAGUACGUGCUCUUCUUCUUCAACAUGCUCUUCUGGGUGAUCUCGAUGGUGAUGGUGGCGGUGGGGGUCUACGCCCGGCUGCUGAAGCACGCGGAGGCGGCGAUGGCCUGCCUGGCGGUGGACCCCGCCGUCUUGCUCGUCGUGGUCGGCGUCCUCACCUUCCUCAUCACCUUCUGCGGUUGCGUCGGCUCCUUGCGGGAGAACAUCUGCCUGCUGCAGGCGGUGAGUCCCCAGUGGGGGCGGCAGGUCCCUCCCGGGGGGCCCCCACAGGACCCUGGCAUCACUCCCGAGGCAUCCCCUCCGUCGUCACCCUCCUCUCGCCCGCAGUUCUCCGUCUGCCUCACCAUCGUCUUCCUCCUGCAGCUGGCAGCCGGCGUGCUGGGCUUUGUCUUCUCCGACAAGGCACGCGGGAAGGUCAGCGAGAUCAUCAAUGGUGCUAUCGUCCAUUACCGUGACGACCUGGACCUGCAGAACCUCAUCGAUUUUGGGCAGAAGGAGUUCAGCUGCUGCGGAGGCGUCUCCUACAAGGACUGGUCCCAGAACAUGUAUUUCAACUGCACCGCCGCCAACCCCAGCCGGGAGCGGUGCUCCGUGCCUUUCUCCUGCUGCCUGCAGGACACCCAUGAGGCCGUCAUCAACACCAUGUGCGGGCAGGGCAUGCAGGCCAGGAGCUACCUGGAGGCCAGUGCCUUCAUCCACACCAACGGCUGCAUCGACAAACUGGUCAACUGGAUCCACAGCAACCUCUUCCUGCUGGGGGGCAUCGCCCUGGGGCUGGCCGUCCCCCAGCUGGUGGGCAUCCUGCUGGCUCAGAUCCUCAUCAACCAGGUCAAAGACCAGAUCAAGCUGCAGCUCUACAACCAGCAGCACCGGGCAGACCCCUGGUACUGAGCCCCGGUGCAUCGCGGCGGAGCCAGCGUCCAUCCCCACGGCACAGCGGUGGCUUGGGGAACUGGGAUUUUCCAAACCCUGGAUCCGUGGGAAGAGCUGAAGGGGGCUUUGCUGGAGAAGAUGGAGGUUGGAGCAGGCUGCAGGCACCCGCAUCUGUGCACGGUGGCCGCUGUGCUGCGCAGCGGGUCGCUGGGGCCUCGGCGGCUUCGGCAGCUGGCGUAAGAGCUGCCGGGCUCGGCCGGGACGUGCCGCGCUGCUGCGCCCUGUUUGGGAGACUGAACCAGCCCUGGUGAACUGUUGUCUGUCCGUCUGUCCGUCCCAGGGGACCGAGAGCUGGCGCACAGGUCGUGCACAAAACAGGUUUGCACUCGGAUGUGCUUCCCAUCGCCUCUUGGGCUGGAGAUGGGUGUUUGUCUGUCUGUCCGUCCACGCAGCCGGCUGCCUUCGCUUUGGGCAAGGCUGGCUGCAGUCCCGGGGACGUCCCCCCGGUCGCUGGGUGCCGCAGAUCCCGUUGGCUCCAUCUUGGUGUCCGGCGGGGAGGAGGGCUUUGCUUGCAGCAGGAGCUGUUGCCUGCAUGUCUACCCUGGAAGAAGGAACAGGCGGACGUCAGGCUGCGGGCUGACCCAAGGGCGCUUUAUCAGCCGAGGGUGGGGGUCCCGUCUCUGCCCUGGGGGGCUCAAACCCCUCCACGGGGCGCUGAGCCCCAUGCAGAAGAGGAGACAGGUGCAGCCCCACGGGGCCGGUGUCGGGCCACGACAUUUCCCUUUGGAAAUAAAGAGAAAAAAGAGAA